UGUUUUGUUUAUUUUUAUGUAUAGUAGAUCGUAAUAAAUAAUUCGGGAUCAGUGUAAAGAAUCAUUAUAAGUUGAAUUAAAGAAUAUACAGAACACUACUAUUUUGGAAUUUUAGAAAACUUUUUAAAGUGCAUUAAUAGACAUAAGUUGAACAUUCUUGUGGAAUCAGGGUUGGUAAUCAAAGAAAUCUCAAAAUGAAAAAAAGUAAUGCAUUUCCGGAGAAUGAUGAAAAUAUUUUAUUCAACCAAGUGUUCAAAUUAAAGCUUAGUGAUAGCGUCGGAGUUGAUUGGAGAACUCUUGGACGUUGGUUAAAAAUUAAAGACAACAUUUUAGAAAUGAUAGAUCAUGAAUAUAAUAAAACUAGUGAAAAAGGAUAUUCUAUGUUAAGUAAAUGGAUGCAAAUGAAUAAAGAACCAACACUUAGAAUGUUAAAAAAAGCUUUACAAAACAUGAAGCGAAUGGAUCUAAUAAGAGAAAUAGAUAUAAUAGCAAAUUCUUCAAAUCCACCUGAUAUUGCUAUUGAAGUCAAUAAAGAUAUAUCAGAGAUAUGCACAGCACUCAAAAAUUAUUAUCUUGUACACUAUGGAAAAAUAAAUGAAGUUCAACCGCUGUUAAAAGCUCCUGCAAAUGUUGAUCUAAAUCAGAAAUUUGUUGAUCUAUGUAUUGUUGAUGCAGUGAAUGUUCAAAAAGAUGCUGUUUUUAAUGAUGAAUUUAAGGGUUUUCUUCAGAAGCAAAUGAGUUAUACAUCAAUUCCAUAUGAUGAAAUAUUUCUGAAAGAAGAAUCUGUAAUUUUUAUAUCUGGAAUAGCUGGUAUUGAAAAAACUUGGUUGCUUAGAAAAUUUUUGCUUGAUUGGUCAAAUAAUUUAGUUUGGAAAAAUGUUGAUCUUGUUUUUUAUUUGGAAUGUAGAAUGCUAAAUCAACAUCAUAAUAUUUCGAAUAUUAAUGAACUGUUAAAUAUUUUCUAUAAAGAUAUUAUAAAUGGUUAUAAUUUCAGUAGUUAUGCUACACUGUUUAUAAUUGAUGGGUUAGAUGAAUUUAAAUAUUUAAAUGAGUUAAUAAGUCAAAAUUCGAGGUGUAACAAUCCAAUUGUUAAUGCUUUAGCAGAAAUUCAAAAGUUUAAACAUGUGAUUUCUGGUAGAGUUAACGCAGUUGAUCAAUAUCAAAGUAUAUAUACAGAGCAGAGUGAUAAACUAACAAUUCAAAUUAUGGGGUUUAAUGAAAAUGGGAUAAGGAAUUAUAUUGAAAAUAAUGUUUUAGAAGAAAAAAAACAACCUGUAAAAACAACUUUAAAGGAAUUUCCAAUUGCAAAGGCUAUGGCGUCUAUUCCAUUUUUUUUAUCUUCCAUGUGUAAAAUUAUUAGUGAUUCGAAAAUGCGUACAAAUUGCUUUUUAACUAUGACAGAUUUGUUUGCAAAUAUUUUUUUAUACUUUUUGCAAAAACACAUUAUCAAAAAUAAUAAGUUGAUAUACGAGAUAAUGGAAGAUCCUAUUUAUAAAAAAAGGAUUUUAAAUAUUUGUAAAAUUGCUUAUGAAUUGUUUGUUAAAAAUAAAGUAGUUUUUUCAAAAGAAGAAAUUCGAACCUAUGUCAGUGGCAGUGAUUGGACCAAUGAUAGUCUUUUUGGAUUUAUUGAAAAGGUUGAAACAAAUCUGGGCUAUUAUUUUCAGUUCUCGCAUUUGACUAUAAUGGAGUUUUGUGCCUCUGUAUAUGCAUAUAAUUGUUUAAGCAUCGAAGAUAUUAUGGCCAGCAAAAUGUUAAGAAGUUGUUUACCAAUGAUUUGUGGAUUAGCCAAUAAAGACCAAAAUAGUUUAUCAAAAUUUCUUGUUAAUCUAAAUUCUUCAAAAGAAUCUUUUUCUAUUUUUGGAAACGUCUUCUCUAAGAAAAGAGUGAUUCGUUGUUCUGGAAUUAUAAGUAUAUUAGAGAGAAUUUCUUACCUCACUUUCAAUGGAGAAAAAAGCUACUUAGUUAAAACGGUUAACAAAAGUUGAAACCGACAACAAGGAGUUAGAGCAUGCGUUUUUGUCAUCAAGAUUAUAAAGGACAUUAAAUAAUAAUUUAAUUUUAUUUAAACAGUUAAAAAAUUUUAAUAUUUUUAUUUAAACAGCGUCUUUUACUUAACAAAGAGUUUAGCUUUUAUCAAUUGUAAGCCCCAAAUCAAUUAAAAUACUUUUCGUAGUUAAGCGAAUCCAACAAAGCCACAUGACUUAAUACAGGUCUUACUAGAUUAAAUGGUACGAGUAGCAGCAGGAUCAUGAAUAUAUUAAAAAGUUUGUCAAAAUAUUGGUUUUAAAAUUGAAAUAAAUAUUAGUUUAAAAAAAAAGAGUUUUUUUGAUGUCAGAAAAUUGUUCAGAACGUGAUUAAGUAUAGUUAAAACAAUUGUUAAAUAGCUUCUUUUAUCUCUCGCGUAUAUAAUGUAAAUAAAAUUUAUAAAUCUAUCUUUAAAUUUGGCUCUCACAUAAGCUGGAAAAAAAAAGUUUGAUAAUAUAAUGACCUUCGCAAUAACACACUUCUUAAUAAAGUUAUUAUUUUCAGACUUUUUUCCUGCUCACUAAAAACAUAUUAAACAUGGCAAACAUGACAAUUUUAUAGAUAGAUUUUUAAAAGAAUUACUAAAAUCUGGAAUUUUCUGCUUAAUUAUAUAGUCUAUUUAACUUUAUUGUUUAGAUUAAAUUUAGAAAUUUGAAACAUAAAGUUAAACUGGGCUUGACUUUAUGUUACACGUUUGUGUACUUUGGU